UUCAGCACGACGGUUUCCAGGGAAGACCACGUGGAGGUCGACCUGACAGGGUAUAUUGCUAGCAAUAGGACUGGUAGUCUGUAUUACUAACAAUCCCUUUCCCCUUUUAGUCUGUGUGAGCCGCGUUCGUACCAGAAAAGCCUAACAAAACUGAAACCUUACCAACAGAUUUGAUUCGCAGUGGUUACUUCCUUAAUUAAAAGGCGCUCUAAUUAAUUAAUUAUGUAUAUUAAAUGUAUUUCCUUAUUUAUUUUUUAAUUUAGUUUCUGUAGAGUUAAAGCACUGGACAAAAAGUGAUAUAUCUAUAGACAUAAAUGGAAAUGGACGCGUUGUCGCAGUGUAUAUGAAAACUAAUCGUCUCCCGAGCUCCGUACUUGUAUAAAUAAAUAAAUAAAUAAAUAUUUUCGUUUUAGCACCAAUAAUCGAUACAUUAAUCGAUAUAUUUCAUGACUUGAUUGAAAUAGUGGGAAACGAGUCACGGAAGUUGUUUUUUUUUUUUUAACUUUGUGUGCUUACUAAUGUUAUGUAAUGUGGCUGUUAUCGUACACUACCCUACAAUUGUCAUUUUUGUAUGGUUCCAAUAAAUACAUUUUAAUUUAAUUUAAUUAACAGUGAGAAACUCUUUUAACAAAUAUCACAGUUUGUGCCGUUGCAAUAUAUUUUUUUUUCGUCAAAUUUGAUAAAGAAAUACACAUUUAAAAUUAGAGAACAAGUAACCUCUUGAGAUUACUUCGAGCAAAAAAUUUUAGUACAACUUACGUGCAGUUUGCGAUAUCUAAUUUAAUGUUUGUCUAUGGACGACGCACUGUAGCAAAAAGUAGGUUUAUUUUGAUAUUUCCUUUUAGUUUUAUUCUUUACAGUCGUCGAAUUCAAAUACUAAUAAGUAGUUAGUGAUAUUUACGUGCUCAAUACGUGUAGUUGGUAUUUAGUGAACGUGUAAGAUCAGGAUGGAGCUAGCAAAAGUUGAAAGAUGGAUACCGGCAUUACCGGAGAAGAAAAAUCUUCACUUCUCCAUUGUGGGGAUACAAGUUAGCAGGAUUAGAAAGAAAACAACUGCUUCGCCAACGUGCAAGCUGCUGGUACAACGUUCGCAGAAGGAAGAUGGCGUCAAUGGAGUCACGGAGAACUCGUUUACCAAAUAUUUAUUCCCGAUGUACCCGGAGUUGGCGCGCCAGUUUUACAAAUACGUGCACAGGAUGGGCAAGUGCAAGAACAAGCAUAUCCCCCUGGCCACGUUCAGGCAGCAGUGCGAGAAGAUACUAGCCAUGUUGGACGAUGCAGUCAUCAUAGAGACCUACGUCAGAAUGUUCGGUGCGGAAACAGACGAUAAUAUGGUGACACCGGACGGUCUGCGGAAACUACUUUACAUCAGUUACAAACUCUCCAUGGACCAUUACCCGGAAGGGCCGCAGACGUGUCUUAUGAUUCACAAAACGCUAUCGGCGGUGGUGAACGGCUGCUUCAACAACAAAGAGUCGCACAGCGUCGGCUUCGUGGUGCGCUGGCUCGAGGAGCACUGUCACAGGCUCAUAUUCCCUGUUCACAGGUACUGCGUGCACCUGCUGGCCACGCGCCACCGCGACAUGGAGGCGCGCGUGGAGUCCAGCGGCAGCGGCGCCGGCCUCGAGCUGGCCACGCCCGUGCUGGAGCGCGCGGCCUGGGCCGGCGGCGGCGGCGAGCUGCUGCCGCUGUCGGCCGCCUGGCUGCUGGCCGGCACGGCGCCGGCGCUGUACAGCCGGCCGCUGCAGCCGCCGCCCGCCGCGCUGCCGUCCGCCGCGUGGCUGGCGCGGCUCGUGUGCGCGCUGCCGUCGCACUGGGUGCCGCUGUACCGCUCGCGCGAGCACGGCUGCGGCGUCAACCGCUUCCUGCACCACACGCUCGCGUACCGCGGGCCGUCGCUCGUGCUGCUGGCGGCCGGCGACCUGCUGGCCGCGCUCGCCGCCGACGCCGAGUGGCGCGAGUCGCACCGCUACUGGGGCGGGCCCGACUGUGCGCUGCUGCAGCUCUUCCCCACAUUCUCGGUGCUGGAGCGAGCUGCCAAGAUGGUGUACCUGAACACGUCGAUCCGCGGCUACCCGCUAGGGCUGCGUGCGGGCAGCGAUCCACGGCGGCCGCUGCUGUCCGUCGACGAGGGCUUCGACACGCUCACCUUCCAGGGCGUACCCUACACGCUAGAUGCCAUCGAGGUGUGGGGCUGCGGUGACCAGGCGUCGCGGGAGACGCAGCUCGAAAUUAAGAAGUGGCAAGUGCGAGAGGCGGAACGACAACGACAGGUGAAGUUAUCAGCAGCCGACUGGAUCGAGCACCCGGACCGCUACUUGCUGGAGCUGGCUGGGCGGCCGCAGUACAACAACUCGGCCAGCUAGUCCCACGAGCCCCACUAGUGGGCACAGCUGGCUGACGACACUUGUUGUGUACAACUCGUGCACCGUGCACUAGUGAUAAGAACGAUGAAGUGUACAAGUGGCUCUCCGAGUUAUGGUCAAAAUAAGAAUAGGGAUGUCAAUGUCAAUGUCAACUGUCAUUUGAUAAGUGCGGUUUGUAAAGAAAAUGAGAUGCCAUGUAACUUCUCUUUAUUAUUUUACUAAGUAUUUAAAAUUCAAAAUAACUGUUCUAAAAUUGUUUUUGUGUACUUAAUCUAUCGACAGUUACUUAGAAGGGUUUGCAAAAACAAAAUAAACUUUACAAGUUUAUUUUGCUUUAAAUAAGUUCACUGAUUCUAGAAUUUAUUUGAAAGUAUUCUGAAAUGCAUAAUCAAAUAUUUCGUAAUAGAAUAGAUGGAAUGCAUAAUUCACAUAGUGUGCUGCUCGUUGUAUUUACGACAUUGCGAAUACGUUAGAGAGGGAUAGACAUAUAAAAACGCAUCUGCCUUUUAACUAGUUCGUAGAAAUCAAAUUCAUCAAGAUAUGUCACUUGGUAUUAUUGGCUAUAUAACCCUAUCAAAUUCAGAUACAACCUGCUCGCAUACUUUCUACAUAAACUGUGUCGAAUAUAUAAUCUAGUAAUGUAAAAUUUGUCAUUGACAAAUAAUUGACAUAUCAAUAUGAACAAAAAUUUUACACACACAUUUUCUGUACACUAGCCUGCUGUGAAUUGAGAGAGGACGAAAGAUACAACUGAUAGUGUAUUUUUCGUCCUUUUUUUACUAAUUAUAUUUGCAUAAGAAGAAAGGAGGCAACCGUAUGACUUAAUCAUUCCUUCUAUGUAAUUCCUUGUUCUUAGUACACCUGUAACCUUAGUAACCCUGUUAUCAAGAGGUUGAAAAAAUAUUUGAAAAAACGAAAGGAAUACUCAGUCAGUUGAUAAAGUCUAUAAUUAUUUAUGAUCACCGCUAAGACGUUGCAACAUGGCGGACAAACAGUCGUAUUCAUAUCUUGACCAAAUUUAUGUAAAUGCAAGAAUUGUUGCAUUUAAUUUUAGGGCAAAAGACCUUAAUUUGAAUUCCAUAUGUAUUUGGGGCAUACGAAUUCAUGUGUAAUGUUGUUUUCUUGUGUUUAAUCCUUACGAUAUACAAACGUUGAAUAUUGAAUCGAUGAAUCUUAUAAAUGUAAAAAUGUAAUGUCCUAAUUAAAAUGUAAAAACAAUCUAGUUAUGUGAAUUUUAAUCAAAUUUGUGAAUAAUAACGUAGUGUAUUUUCUUAAAAAAAAAAUUAUAAUAAUAACACGUUAAAAGUAGGUAGUUGAAUAUUGUAUAUUUAAUUUACCAGUAGGGAGACUUUGUACAAUAGUCGAUUGCUUGGGUACCUCUGUCCCAUUCGUGUUUCAACCGUGAAGCAGUUGUGUUUGCAUGGCUGUGUUUCAGUUUGAAGGUGGGAUAUGGCGUGAAUUUACUGGGUACAGAGGAAUAACACCUGAGUCCUCAGGAACGGCAACGCAUGGGGUGUAUCAUGGACGAACCAGUAUACUCUGUUAUGUCCAUGGUACUGCUCAUGUCUAUAGGCGACGGUUACCACUUUCCAUCGGGUGGUUUGCCAUUCUAAGUUGUAUAAAAAAAAAUGUAUUUUGAUUUAAUUAUUUAAUGCAUUCAAUUUUAUAUGAACCGAGUAAAAUGUAUGAAGACUAUUUUACAAUUGUCAAAUGGAUGUGAACAAUGUCUAAUUUUAUUGUUUUAACAAACAAUAGAUAGAUAUAUACUCUUUAUUAUUUCCCUCCAUAAGAUUACAAUAGUAAACUUAUUAUAAAUACAAACAAUUUUGUAAGCACAUGUACUGUACAGGUUUUAACCCUUUGCACUCGAGGCCUUUUUCGCUUGCAAUGUAAGCAGCGCCUAGUCCACGAAAGUACUUCGGAGAAAACUAUCUUAUCGCAUAUUGUAAGUAAGGAGAUCCAGUUACGAAAGAUACAAAUAGCGUCGUAGCAGCGUAGUUCGAUUUAAAGUUUUAAAACACUCGGGCGCCGCUCGAUUUGUCACUUCGAAUCGGCCGGGCGCCGCUCGAGUGCAAAGGGAUAAAUUAUUUCACAGAUUAAUUAAAAUGGGAACUUGAAAUAUAAAUAUGAAAGCACCAUCCCAUCCGUUCAUAUUUCUGAAUAAAAGUAGAGACAUAGGUAUAGAUAUUAUUUGACCAAAAAUAGUAUGAAUAACUUCACACAAAUAACUUUAAUUAACUUAAACAGAGUCUUAUAAUAAUUCCUAUCCAGCCGACUUAGAAAAAAGGAAGUUCUCAAUUUGUUUGUAUUUUUUUUAUGCUAACUACCUCCCAACUCCGUCGGCUUAAAACCCGAUUUGGAAAAUUAUUUAUCUAACAGAUUGGUCCAAUAAAGAUUAUUAAAGUUAUGUUUUUAAAUCGAAAUAUUAGGUAUUGCCACAAUUGAAGUCUGCUUUUUUUUUAUAGACCACAAUUUAAUUAUUUGUUAUUGACAAUUAGAAAUGUUAACAAAUAUGUACUUAUUUGUGCUUAUGUUAAGUGCCUUAUUUAGAUGUGACGGACCAGUGUCAUCGUUAUUGUAGCUUGUAAUUUUAUUUUACUUACAAAUAGUAGUUCCUUUCAUAGAUGUAACAUCUGUGAAAACAAUGCGUUGAUUUAGGGGCUUAUUACACUGUCCAAAAUGUGAAAUGCACUGUAUAUAUAUGUAUUGUAUCAUGUAUAGUACAUACAUGUGUUGUGUAACAUUUUGACAGGUUGUACAAUAUAAAAAAGUGAAGUUUUGACAUUGAAGUCAAUCUAUAAGUCAUAGUUAUAAUUGUUCUCUUAUAAUUCUUUCUUCUCUUUGGACCUGUCAACCGCUUCAUGCUACAAUGCGUAUAAUGCGUGAAGCUAUAUUUACUAAGAUGUACCAUAAGUAUUUACCUAUGUAUGGUGUCAUGGUGUAAUAAGCGUCAUAAAUAGCUUAUAAUAAAUAAUUAAUUGCUCAAUUUAACAAAGUCACAUGCUCGUAAUUUGCUUCGCACACAAUUUUUUUUUUGUAUGUUGUAUGACUGAAAAAUUUAAUUUCGAAAUUCGAUGUAGAGAUUGAAGAAUUCAAUGUGAAACAGUUUUAACUACUUAAUUUCAUUGUCCUUGUACACAACAUUUUUCCAAACCAGAUAUUUUACAAUAUACAAAGUUUGAUCAAUAAGUA